ACCUCGUGAGGAAUAAUAACCUGUUUCGCGAGACCAACGAGUGAGCAAUAACGGGAAUUCCCCGCCCUUCCACCCAGAGCGAGGCUGUGUCUCUACCACCGGCAUUCCCAGUAUGCACCGCGGACAGACCAACAAAAAAUAGCCCUGUAACUGAAAGGCCUGAGAAAAAGAACUCGAAAGGAGUAGCGGCUAGCUGAUUCAUUUCAAACGGUGUUAAAACAUAGAUAAGAUUGCUAACAUGUCUGACAACGAGAAACUAGACAACCAGCGACUGAAGAAUUUCAAGAACAAGGGUCGCGACUUGGAGACGAUGAGAAGACAGAGGACAGAGGUGGUGGUGGAACUCCGCAAGAACAAAAGGGACGAACACCUGCUGAAGAGACGAAACGUGCCCCACGAGGACACCUGCGAAGACUCUGAUGCCGACGGAGACUUCAGAUCGCAAAACACUUCUCUUGAAGCAAUAGUACAAAAUGCCACAAGUGAUAACCAGGGAGUUCAGCUGAGUGCCGUGCAGGCUGCAAGGAAGCUGUUGUCUAGUGACCGUAACCCUCCCAUAGAUGACCUGAUCAAGUCGGGCAUUCUCCCCAUUCUGGUGCACUGUCUGGACAGAGAUGACAAUCCAUCUCUACAGUUUGAAGCUGCCUGGGCUUUGACCAACAUUGCAUCAGGAACCUCAGAGCAGACCCAGGCAGUGGUCCAGUCCAAUGCUGUGCCACUGUUCCUGAGGCUGCUGCAGUCUCCUCACCAGAAUGUGUGUGAGCAGGCGGUCUGGGCCCUGGGAAACAUCAUAGGCGACGGCCCCCAGUGCAGGGACUAUGUGAUCAGUCUGGGCGUGGUGAAGCCCCUGCUCUCCUUCAUCAGCCCCUCUAUCCCCAUCACCUUCCUCCGUAACGUCACCUGGGUCAUGGUCAACCUCUGCCGCCACAAGGACCCACCGCCACCCAUGGAGACCAUCCAGGAGAUUCUUCCAGCUCUCUGUGUGCUGAUCCACCACACUGAUGUUAAUAUCCUGGUGGACACGGUGUGGGCUCUGUCCUACCUGACAGACGCGGGCAACGAGCAGAUUCAGAUGGUCAUCGACUCAGGCAUUGUGCCCAACCUGGUGCCCCUGCUUAGCCACCAGGAGGUCAAAGUCCAGACUGCUGCACUGCGGGCGGUGGGCAACAUAGUGACUGGAACAGAUGAACAGACCCAGGUGGUGCUCAACUGUGACGCCCUGGGACACUUCCCCUCUCUCCUUACACACCCCAAGGAGAAGAUCAAUAAGGAGGCAGUGUGGUUCCUGUCCAACAUCACAGCAGGCAACCAGCAGCAGGUGCAGGCUGUCAUUGAUGCCAACCUGGUACCCAUGAUCAUCCACCUUCUGGACAAGGGAGACUUUGGAACACAGAAAGAAGCAGCCUGGGCCAUCAGCAAUCUGACAAUUAGCGGGAGGAAGGACCAGGUGGCGUACCUGAUCCAGCAGCAGGUGAUCCCUCCCUUCUGUAACCUGCUGACAGUGAAGGAUGCUCAGGUGGUGCAGGUGGUCCUGGACGGCCUCAGCAACAUCCUCAAGAUGGCUGACGACGAGGCCGAGACCAUUGCCAACCUCAUCGAGGAGUGUGGAGGUCUGGAGAAGGUGGAGCAGCUCCAGAAUCAUGAGAAUGAAGACAUCUAUAAACUGGCCUAUGAAAUUAUUGAUCAGUUCUUCUCAUCUGAUGAUAUUGAUGAAGACUCCAGCCUGGUUCCGGAGGCGAUCCAGGGGGGAACAUACGGCUUCAAUUCCUCCACCAACGUGCCAACAGAGGGGUUCCAGUUCUAGAAGGCAUCUCGGGAGUCUGGAGUUUUGUUUGCGAUGCAGCACUCUGUUCAACAUAAAACAAAUUAGGAGAGAAAGAGAGCGAAAGAGUGUGAGAGAAAUUAGAUCCAUUGUGCUUGGCUCGUGGGAUCCGUGGCUGCAUCUUAUCUGAGAGAAAAUGUGUUGAUUUCGUUUGGCAUUCCAGGGGAACCAGCCCAAAUGAAGUUUGAGAUGGCGAGUGGGUGUGAGUGAGUGGCUACAUGUUGCAAAAAACAAACAUCUACAUCGAAUGCGUUGAGACACGCCGAGUAACUUCCAUGUUAUUGGAGCGGUCGAAAAAAAACGGAAAACUACUACAAUGACGACAAAAAACACGAUGUCAGCCCGGGGAGAAUCAAAUACUUCAAAAUCAAGACAUUGAGGCAACAAACACAAAAGGAAAACCAACAAAACAAGCGUAAGAUGAACCAUAUGACAAUUCUGCGGUCCUCCGACCGGAGGGGGCGCCACCUCCUGUGCGCCCAUCCCCCAAUCGGCCACGCCAUCAGACGUGUGUGUGAAUGGACCCAUUGUGUAUGAAUGUCUGGACUCAGUGCUGAGGAGCCAGGUUCAUCUCCUCCAACCAGAGGCCCUCGAUGGGGCAUCUCCCCCCCUCCCCCCGCGGCGGUGGGCAGGGCUAGAGUCCAGCGGGCGUGUGCAAGAGAAUGGACGAGUGCCGUGUGUGCGUGUCUGGAGUGUACAAGAAGACUGGAUGUGAACGCAUGCAGAGAGAAACAAAAUACAUACAACAUAAGAGUAACAAAACCGAGAAGCGCAAACGAAGGAAAAUAAGAAGAAAUUCUGCCUUCUUAUGAGGCAGAUACAAAUCCCUGAAAGGAAGAACUUUGGAAAUGAAAAAACAUGUAAUCACAAGGGUUUUGUUGUUUUUAAUUUGUAUUAAUUGACACUGGACAACGCUAGGUGGAGCAGCGGGUGCAUUGUAGUAAGAUGCAUUUGGUGGCUUUUCUUUUUGCAUCCAGUGUGUACAAUUUUUAUUUUCUGCUUUUACUUUCAUUGCUUAUGUGAGGUGAUUAAUAAGGAUCAUAAUUCCACCUCCCCACAUUAACCAUACCUUUGCACCAGAUCUGGGUUUGAUGCUGUGAAAUUCUGACAUCAUCAUUAUUGUCAACCAAAUGACUUGUGUACUCCCCUAGCAUGAUUUAAUGUUUUUUCUUUCUCUUGAAGCGAAAAUCACUGCUUUUGCGGUAUUGUUGCCAUAGCUUUGACUUAUCACAAGGGGAAAUUAAAAAUUGCCAUUUUAUGUAACUUUGAUUCAUAACCUUAGCAUGUACUAAGCUAUAGCACAGUUCAUUUGAGGGGUUUUUAGUUUCUUUAGGCUGUGUACACAGUGUAUUUUUUGUUUGUUUUGUAAACUGCUGUUUAAAUGUUACCUGUCUCCCCCUACUGACUUAAGUUUCUGAUUUGAAGAUAAAUCUGAACAGUUUUGCACAUGUACUGCAGAGUGAGAGGCCUGAAGUCGUUCAAAAGGUGUGAUUAGACUCAUCAGAGCUGCUAACACCUUCAACAAUAUGCAUCAUCCAACCACAAGCUUUGUUUUAUAUUCAGUAGUAGCCAUAAUCAACUCGCGUUGAGACAUAUUUUUAGGGAAUUUGGAGGAAAACCCUAAAAAAAAUUAAAUGAGUAGGGGUAAUAAUUAUUCUGUCUGGGGCACCCCUAGAUUGGGGAAAGGUAAGUAUCGGUGAUUGGACCCCCUAGCCUCGACAGGGUGGCUCAAUGAUAAAUGUUGAGCCUUAUUCCUUGACCUAAGAGAACUCAUGAACAAGUUUGCUGUACCUCCCAACCCCUUGCUCCUGCCCCGUUUUCCAUUUAGGUGCCCAAUUUCCCCCCAUUUUUCUUUGUGUUAAUUUGAAAAAAGACUGUAGAAAUUGAUUACACUUUGUGGUCAUCAUAACCUUCUGUUGAACAUAGUUUUUUUUUUUCAGCAUUCCUUGUUAGCAAAUAUGUGGUUUCAAAAAAAUAAAAAUGAAAUGGUGGUUAACCUGUUGAGUUGGAUCUACAGGCUAGAUUAUCUUCAAGAAAAUAAAUAGUGAAACCCA